GUUCAAUCGUUGCGUUACUGUAAAUCGAUGCGUUACAUCGAUGCGUGAAAUCGAUGCGUCGCGUUUCGUUGAUUCGAUGCGUUACCUCGCGAUGUGUUGAAUCGAUGCUACGUUGAAUCGACGUCUUCUCUCCACUCUUUUGCCUAAGACCAGCUUCUUCUUCUUCUUCUUCUUCUUCUUCGGUUAUCAGCGAGACAUCUCAGCGGGUAAAGGAAAUAGAAGUCUUUUUUAUUACAUUUGCUGACGUAUUUCGUAACACCCAGCCGGUCUCGAAUUCAGACAGUUCAGACUGCGACACGAACCAUGGCGCGUUUUUCUAGAAACGUCGGGGCAAGGACGGAAGCGCUAAUCUACCGAAAUCGUGUCUUUUUGUCCCUGCUUGUCUUCGCCACUGCCUGGCUCUGUGCGAUGAUGAGCUUUGUCCCAAAGCUACGGAUUGGUCGAGUGGGGGAGAAAACAAAAGCCUGGUCUUUGUCACUCAAGGGUGGCGAUGGUGCAAGGAUCUUCUCUAGCAGUUACCCUUUUCAAUCCCUGCCCGGAGGCGACGCCGUGAGCGGGGUGGUUUUCAGGGGAGAAAAAACCCGCAGCUAUGAGGGAGAACGAAUCUUUCGAAGCCUACCUUCGAGCCCCCCUUCCAAAGACACAACGACGACGACACCAAAGGCUCUCCCGCUGAUGGAUCCGGCUAUUCGCUGCAAGAACUGGAAUGUUGUCACCACAAUUUUCGAUCCAUCCGAGGCCGUCCGCAGAGCUUGCUGGGUGGAAGGUUGGUGCACGGUGAUUGUUGCCGAUACAAAGACCCCGGAGGGAUAUAUGGAAAAACUAAGAAACAUGGGCGGUAUCGUAGGAAGCGACACCGAGAGCCGAUUCAUUCGAACAGGUCGUCGUCGAUCGGAGAAACAGGAAGGCAAAGACGAAGACGAAGGCAUCGUUGUCUUUCUGUCGAUAGAUGAUCAAAAGGAAUGGAUGCAGCUGGAAAGAGGGUCGUCGAGCGCCACAAGCGACAGCACUGCGGUGGGGAAGUUCUUGGAAGCGAUCCCUUUUCGAAGCUUUGCACGCAAGAAUAUCGGAUACCUGUACGCCAUUGCCCACGGGGCCCAAAAGAUAUUUGAUUUCGACGACGACAAUCUCCUGCCGGUUAGUUUAGGAAAAGACGGCGAGGAGCGGGUGUUUGCCCCCUUUCACAACAGAGAUGCGCUCGAAAAUCCCGCAAUGGUGGUCACCGGACCAACCGCAUUCAACCAUCACAACAUCAUGGGCAUCAGCGUAAAUGGCACUUCGUGGCCGAGGGGGUUCCCGCUCACCCAGAUCACGAACCCUGCUACCCGUGGACGCAUCGCCCUCGAAAGCAAGGCUUUUCGAGAUGUUCCCAUGAGCGAGAUCGGUAUCCUACAAUUUGUGGCCGACAACAACCCCGAUGUCGACGCCAUCCAUCGGCUCGUUCAGGGACAGAUGAAUCCUACGACCGGCGAGACCGUCCACUUCAAGCGGCAUGUGAAGUACGACAGCAACAGCAGCAGGGAAGAGGCUGCGAACUAUUACAACACGGUAUCGGAGAUAUCGACAGAGGGUUCCCUGCUCGUUCCCUCUCACGCAUACGUUUCUUUUAACGCCCAGGCGACGGUGUUCACGCACCAGGCCAUGUUUGGCCUCCUCUUGCCCCACACUGUUAUGGGACGUGUUGCCGAUAUUUGGAGGGCCUAUUUUUCACAGCGCAUUUUCCGAGAAGUCCGCACACCGAAGAGAGAGAGCAGCUUUGGUAAUGAUGGCUUGAAGGUGGUGAUUUUGCCACCCGAUAUUGUCCAGGAACGAAACGAGCACAAUCUACUUAGGGACCUGCAGUCGGAAGAACACCUUUAUUGCAGGACAGAAGCCUUGCUAAGUUUUUUGGACAAGUGGGAGUAUGAGGGAGAUAAGGACGGCGACAACCGCAGCAUUCCAGCGAUGAUGGAAAAACUAUGGAUCGGCCUCUAUGAGCGUGAUUUUAUCGAGAAACAGGACAUCGAAGUAUUGCAGUUGUGGCUUUCUGCUCUGGUUGAGGUUGGGUACGAAUUUCCCAAAGUCCAAAGCAAUAGCGCACGCCAAAUUAGGGACGUAGUCGUGAUGGGCCAAUUUAACUAUGGAUCCAGCAAAGUAGCUGAUAACCAAGACGAACUUAUGAAAACGAACCUGUUGUUUUGGUACCAAAAAUGGAGGCAACGCUUCCGCAAGGUUGUCAUUCGCGGUCCCUUUUCGGCUGAUUUAGCCAAAGAAUUUUCUGAACAACACGAGAUUGAUGUCGAGUCCACUCGGGAUAGAUUAUCCCAUGACAAGGGUUUCGUUUCUCCUAUGGACAACCUCUUGUCCACUCUGAAAAAGUACGAGGACGAUCCAACGAUAAGUGGGGUGCUGUACGUUCACGACGACAUGAUCGUAAACGUCACCAACGUUUUUGAUGGUGUAAACCGCACAACUACUGUUUUAGGAACUAGAUUUCUGACUGCUCCUCAACCUUAUCGAAUACAUCCUUCCUGGGCAUCCAAUAGCAAACCCAAUUCUACUGAUAAAACCCUCAUUUUUACCGCACCUGAUGGAUUCAGGACAGAAAAGUGGUAUGAGUUACUAGGUCACUUGGAGAACUGGGAUCAUAAUCCGGAAUGCAUCCACCAGUUUUCCAACAUUGCUAAUGACCCACGAAUCAAGCCGUAUCUUGAGCACGACGAAACAAUCGAAAAUGGAAAUCCCUAUCUGUCGGUUCCAUAUCGAAUGCAAGCCGACUUUUUGUAUAUUCCAACUCGCCUGUCAAGGAAGUACGAAGAAAUUGCUAACCUGCUCAUUGAACACAACGCAUUUUUAGAAUGUGGGGUACCAAAGAUUGUUCAACACGUGACCACCGCUUCCAGCAAUGUGAUUUUCAAAUUUGUCGAUCUGUGCACCAGCUUUCUGAACCGAAGAACCCGGGGGAGCCUGAACAUGAUUACACGAUGCGAGCCUGAGUACGCGAAUUCGCAACCCAACACGCCCUUACCGUCUCCCCAUGGUGCAAUCCAUCCGAUCAAAAUAAAUGCUCGAGGAUACAAGACAUGGGGUAUGCUUUUCGAUUGGGCCACAUCCGGAACGACGCGAUUGAAUGUGGCGGACUACGAGAACUAAAAACAUUUCUCGGAAACCAUAUUUUGCUGCUCAGUGUGUCGAUAAUAAUGCAAGCAAUACGAAGAUCUACGCUAGAAUUCUAAUUUUGUUCAUAGAUGACACAGUUCCACUAGAAGUAGUGUAGACUAGAUUUUAUGGAGCUACACAGUAAGAAUGGCAACACAAGCUCAGAUUGUAUAAGUAAGUGAUGUUGGAUCCUAUUCUGCGGCCUUCCGGAGACUUCGAUGUAGCUCUUUUCAGAAUGCAUCGCACCAAAAACGAUGACUUCGUCUCCCUAGCUCGAAUUGGAGGAAUGCAGCAAGCAAGGCGCGGUACUUGUAUAUUCGUAUCUUCUGCUUUCUUACGAUUCAAAUUCACUUGUCUAUGCCGGCGAUGUUUCCCCUUCAACUCUAGUUUUCCCUAGCGGUGGGACUAUUGUUUGCGUUUGUCAUUGCGGAACCUUUGUAUCUUUUCUAGCUGGCGAUUCGUAUUAAAAGAUUUCUCUUGUCGAUCCUCCGGUCGUGCCUCCACAAUCCCUCCUCGGAGGGAGGUGCCGCCCCUCGGAGCCAGCAUUCUUCUCCACAGAAGUUCUGGUUCGGGCCGACAUAACACCUCUUCAACUUUACGAGGUUAAGCAUAACAUCAAGAUUUUUUUUCAUUUCCCCAGAAAUGGAAGCUCUUCUAAUUCCAUGAGGUCGAGAAAUUAAAAAAAAUCCAUAAUUUUCGUAUUUGGACCACGUGGUGUCAACAAAGAAGAUCAUCAGUCGAAGAACACAAAAACGUAUCUUAGUAAUGGCGAUAGUCUUAUUCAUUGUGAUCAACGAUUCCGUUUCCCACUGUAUUUUUCAUACGGUGAAACAACAAAAUAAUCCGAAAAAUAUUGUUUGCCUGCUUUCUACACGCCAUCAUUGAAUCACGAGGUUCUUCACCUCGGGUCGUUGUAUUUCAAUGUCGAUCAAUGUUGCUAGAUAGAAAUCAUGGUGAGACAACCCUUGUAACACGUGGGUUCGACAAACGACCCGGGUGCAGAUCUUCCAUGAUUUCGUGCGAGACUGGAGUUUUCGGUCAAAGACAACCUUGUAGGGAUAGUGCUGCGCGUUGAUUUGCGCAACCGCAGCAACGUGGUUCAAGAACUGCGCUCCCGACAUGUAAUCAUCGUGCCAAAAAUUUCUUGCAAUCCCAAAUGGAACUGACGCAUUGUCGUCGUCGCAAUCCUUGGCAACGCCACUAUGAGUUUCAACAGCGUUACCCAUCUGCUCAUCGUUGCUUCCACCUGCCAGCAGUAGAAUUUCCCACUCUGGUUCGACCGUAGGUAGCAACGUUUUUGCCUCAUCAAGCGUCAAUGGUUUUCCAUCCUGACCAUAUGGAUCGCAUUUUGAAGUAGGCCGACGUGCGAAUGGAUCCGGCCUGUCACUUGAACCGAAUUUCCGAGUUAGCAAAGCUUUCGUCCGGGAGUGAGGAGAAUCAUCGGGAAAGCAUCCGCGGUAGGUAUUCGAAUUGCCGCAGCCGGAUUUUUCGAGGGACGUGUUCAUUGGAAUGAGUUGCGAGGCAAUUAAAGAAUAAGAUCGCCC